GUUCGAUGCAAUCAGCUGGAAGUGAAGCUGAGGAGUUGAGUUGUUGAGCUAAAGGAUUGGAACCAGCGGCAGGAAUUAAUCUCUAACUCUGAACUGCGGGAGAGGUUUUGUUGGAUGAAACGUUUGAGGUAAAUGUUUGAGCUGAUCCUGAGUCCACUCUUGUUCCCUGAGUUGAGGACAGCAUGGCCAGUGCCUCUCCUCCAUCUCAACCUCAGUCAUCCAGCUCUUCAGCCACGGACAGCCCCGGGACCGGCUCCAGUUCCCAAACGCAGGGCGAGACCGGCAGCCAGGACAGCACGUUUGAGUGCAACAUCUGCUUGGACACUUCCAAGGACGCAGUGAUAAGCUUAUGCGGCCAUCUCUUUUGCUGGCCCUGCUUGCAUCAGUGGUUGGAAACGAGGCCAAACAGACAGGUGUGUCCGGUAUGUAAAGCAGGCAUCAGCAGAGAUAAAGUGAUCCCGCUGUAUGGGCGAGGCAGCACGGGUCAGCAGGAUCCCAGAGAAAGGACUCCUCCCAGACCACAAGGCCAGAGACCCGAGCCUGAAAAUCGUGGAGGCUUUCAAGGAUUCGGUUUCGGAGAUGGCGGCUUCCAGAUGUCCUUCGGUAUUGGAGCGUUUCCUUUUGGAAUUUUUGCCACAGCGUUCAACAUCAACGAUGGAAGACCACCACCAGCAGCUCCCGGAACACCACAGCACAUGGACGAGCAGUUCCUGUCCCGCCUCUUUCUGUUCGUGGCUCUCGUCAUCAUGUUUUGGCUUCUGAUCGCAUAAGCAAUUAGGAACUCUAUCACUAGGAUGUGAUAACAGUCCCUUCUUUAUGGAACUGAUAGUUAAGCCACAGACAGUGAUUACUGAAGUUUCGCUAAUGGAAACGUUUCUUUUCCCCCCACCAUCACACCGAUGGACCUGCGAUUGGUUUUAAACGGUGACAUGUUGUGAAGGAUGUGCAUGAUGGCAUGCAUUGCGACCUGACUGCAUGUCUGCAGUGGGUUUGAUACUGUAAAUGUCAGUUCUUGGAAUGUCAUUAUACCCUUGAUUUGCCUCCCCCCCCCCCCGUUCAGAUGUGUACAUUUAAAUAAAAAUCAGUCUUAUUUCUCUUAA